GCGCUUUCCAGCUGUCAAACUGAUUUUAGUGAAUCACGCUCAGCUUUCGUUUGACAGGAACACAACCACUUAGCUAUAAAAUGGACUGUCCACGCUGGUUGCCUCUGGAGUCAAACCCAGAAGUCAUGACUAAGUUUGUCAGCUGUUUGGGUAUGAAGUCAACCUGGCAGUUUGGGGAUGUGUAUGGACUGGACCCAGAGCUGCUCAGCAUGGUGCCACGACCAGUGUGUGCAGUGCUGCUCCUCUUCCCAGUGACAGAGAAGUAUGAGGCAUUCAAGCAAGAAGAGGAGGAGAAACUCAAAGAUAAGCGACAGGACGUCUCCCCAGACGUCUACUUCAUUAAGCAAACUAUUGGAAAUGCCUGUGGAACAAUAGGAUUAAUUCAUGCAGUGGCAAACAACCAGGGACACCUGGAAUUUGAACCUGAUUCUCCUCUUAAGAAGUUUCUUGAACAAACCUCUAAAAUGACCCCAGAGGAAAGGGCCACGUUCCUGGAAAAAGAUGAGAGUAUACGUGUUACACAUGAAUCCAGCGCACAGGAGGGACAGACUGAGGCCCCAAGUUUAGAUGAGAAAGUGAAUCUGCAUUUUAUAGCUUUUGUGAACGUCGGAGGACAUUUAUAUGAACUGGAUGGCCGGAAGCCUUUCCCUAUUGUCCACGGAAAAACUUCAGAAGACACUUUCCUCGAGGAUGCCGUAGAGGUUUGUAAGAUCUUCAUGGCUCGUGACCCUCAGGAGGUUCGUUUCACCAUCAUUGCCCUGUCCAAAGAUUCAUACUGAGGGAACCCUGUUGAAAAGAAAACAUUACUGCCAAACAUUCUUAAGUGCUGAUUGUGUUGGAAAAUUACCUUCCACUCAAAAUGCUAUAACAAAUGAUAUGACUCUAAAGUAAUGCUCCACUUACAUAAAUUGUAAAUUAAUUCUAAGGGAAUUCGAAUGCCAUUGUGUAAUUAAAAGUAUAUAUAGUUGAUGAAAAUCUUCUGGUUCCCAACUGCUGAAACAUUUCUAAAUGUUCUGCAGAAAUCAGUUGACAGUGAAGCUGCACUUUGGUUUGUUUAAAUGGUGUGUUUGGCUUUCAGUUAAGAAGGAACUUUCAGACGUUUCGCAGAGGGAACUUUUUUUACUCAAUAGUUCAAAGAUGCAUACUGUAUGUAGUGGUUUGUUUUUGAUGAUAUGUCUAACCACAUGGUUGAAACGAGCUGAAGAAACACAGGCUUUAAUUUCAUUCAUAGCUUUGAAAAAAAAAGUGAUAGGCUAAUGUCGUAUGCAGUGAUGGUGUUAUGAAAAGCUUAUUGAAAAUCUCAUCUCCUCCAAGUGAAGCCAACUGAACAUGCAAACUGCACAUCUGUGUGGAAGGUGCCUACAUUUUUUGUAAUAAGAAUUAGAGAUUCUGUCAAAUAAAAGGCAACUUUAUUAAACA